GUUUCUUUCCAUCUUCGCAAGCGGAGGAUCCUUGAAGCUCUGUAGCGGCAGUCUGAGUGUAGGCCUCCUCAGAAACUGCACUACUUCACCUCUGUCUGCAGCCGUGUCUACUUCUGACAGGCUGCACAACAAGCUCUGUACUUGCCUCUGCCUGCAGAAACUCAGCGGAUCUCGCGAGAACGGCGGCGCGGCUGGCUGGAGGUGGCUGCAGCAGCAGGCAGAGGGAGAGAAGGCAGGCAGGCAGGCAGGCAGCAUCAUGGCGGACAGAGACAGUGGAAGCGAGCAGGGAGGAGCAGCCACGGGCCCGGGCGCCGGCUCCCUACACCCAGUGGCGGGAGGGGCGGGCUCGGCUUCCGGGCUGCAGCAUGAGACGCAGGAGCUCGCCUCUAAGCGGGUCGACAUCCAGAACAAGCGAUUUUACCUGGACGUGAAGCAGAAUGCGAAGGGCCGCUUCCUGAAGAUAGCCGAGGUCGGGGCCGGGGGAAACAAGAGCCGCCUGACGCUCUCCAUGUCCGUGGCCGUGGAAUUCCGCGACUACCUGGGGGACUUCAUCGAGCACUAUGCCCAGCUGGGGCCGAGCAACCCGGACAUAGCGCAGGAUGAGCCCCGGCGAGCGCUGAAGAGCGAGUUCCUGGUGCGGGAGAAUCGGAAGUACUACAUGGAUCUGAAAGAGAACCAAAGGGGCCGGUUUCUGAGGAUCCGUCAGACCGUGAACAGGGGGCCUGGCUUGGGCUCCACGCAGGGCCAGACGAUCGCCCUCCCCGCACAGGGACUCAUUGAGUUUCGCGACGCCCUGGCGAAGCUAAUUGACGACUACGGGGUAGAAGACGAGCCUGCCGAGUUGCCCGAGGGCACCUCCUUGACUGUGGAUAACAAGCGUUUUUUCUUCGAUGUGGGCUCUAAUAAAUACGGGGUGUUCAUGCGGGUUAGCGAGGUGAAGCCCACUUACCGCAACUCCAUCACUGUCCCCUACAAAGUGUGGUCCAAAUUCGGAAACACGUUCUGUAAAUACGCCGAGGAAAUGAAGAAGAUCCAGGAGAAACAGAGGGAGAAAAGGGCAUCCGAGCUUCAGCAACAGCAGGAGGAAAUUCACGGGGAUGAUGGAGAUGAAGAUUGAUAACUGUAGAGCAAGAUUUACAACAGAUUAACAAAAGAGAAAAAAAAAGAUAAUGAAAAAAAAACUUUACUGUAAAAAUAAAAAAAAACUGUAACUGUUUAACUCCAAGGGAGCACCACCCACCAAACCUCCACAAACUGACAGUUAUGACUUGUUGUCACCCAUCGCUGGAUGUUAUCCACUUACCCACCAUUUAAACAGUAAGCAGCUGCUAAAAACAAAGUAAUAACAUUAUAUAUGAACUGUGUUUCCUACUUGAUUAAAAUUAUAAAGAACUGAGUGUUUAUUUCCCUAAUUAACCAAGAACUUUUGUACACGUUCAAGCUAUUAAAAAGUGUUUGAAAUGUUCAAAUGGAAAUAUUGCCGAGUUAUAUGAAAAAGUCCUUUUCAUGUGAGCUAACAUUUGACUUUAGCACAAAAGAGAUAUUUUAGAAGACAAUUUUUUUUAGUUUUGUUUUUCUUUUUUAACCAAACUUUCAGACCUUAUACAGAGGCUACCAUAGUACGUUUGACACCCUAUAUACCUGUGAUUAGAGACGUGUAUAUAUAUAUGAGGGCUAGGCAUGCUGUGUUGGAGCUUUGUUUAAAUGUUAUGCAGAAGUAUGUAGAGUAAAAGGUACAUAGGUUAAUUCAUGCAAGGUAAUUAAUAAGUGCUCUCUUUUAUACAAUAUGCAUUGCAUCUGAACCUUAAGCAUAUUAAGCUGGUCAGUGGGUCUUCUGUGAUCAUAAAAUGUAAAAAAAUAGACAUUUAAAUGAAUAUUGCAAAGUUCUUCAUGAAAAAAACAUAAACAGAAGAGAAAGUAUAAAUUUGUCUCAGCUUGUCAUGCUAUGUGUAUAAAAUGUACCUGUAAGACCCUAAAUGUUUUGAUAUUUGAUUAGAUAGUGCAGUAGCAACAUGCAGCAGUUUCCUGGUGGGAUGUGUACACUAUAACUUAUCAUAUCUGUUUUUGUUAGAAGGUUCUGUUUUUCUUUUCUAUAUAAUCAACCCCUUCUGUCCUCCGUGUAUGUCCAUGAAAAACAUGGAUAGAACUGUUACAUUGAAAGUUUGGACUUUGGAAAAAUAACAAUAAAAAUGAUUUUGUGAAUCACAUGUAUUUAAAUCUUAAAAAAAACAACAAAACAUUUGAGCACCCACGUUUUUGUGGGGGUAGAACUAUACCUUUAUAAUUUAAAAGCUUAAGUGGCACCUGUGAGAAAGCUGCUGCAUGACAGGCUGACUGUACUGAGCAUCCUCCGAACAUUUAAACAACCUGGUGCCUUAUAUAUUGUACAUGUUUAUAUGCCGGUUUGGUGCUUUUGGAAUGCUUUUUUUUUUGGGCUUCUGGUUCGCCACAGCACAACUGGUGGUCUUGACUGGAUUUUCAAAACCCAAAGAGACAAGUUUUUGUUUUUUUUCUGUAAAGAAAAACAAUUGUGUUCCUUUAUUCAUAAGCUUUCCAGGAAACCACCUUCAUGUAAACAUGGAAUUUGUCACCUAGAAGAUGCAAAAGCAUGUUCUUCUGAGUUGAGGUUUUACAGGAUGAGAGCAAGGUAGAUGGGUUCUCAGUGGACUGGAGACAGAGAGAAACAGAAGCCUAUAAAGCCCUUUGUGAUGUAUUCUGUAUGUAGACCUAUGGCUUGGGCAGUAUGUGUAUUUUGUAAGUUGCUAAAGACCUCAACUGGAGGAUUAGUUAGCAUGUCUAUUUUUUUUAAAGAGUUACUCCACAUUAUUCAUGUCAUUUUGAACAUUUUGCUCACAAAGGGUUUCAGUGAAACUUACUAAUGCUACAUUUCAUUACUGUGUGCAAUAUUGUAAGUGCCAAUGGUGGCAAUAUAUGUAUAUCAAUUAAAUAUAUGAUUAAUAUUUGAAAGCAUGAGGCUGAAUUCCACAUUUUUUCUCUUCAAGAUGUUAAGCAUUUAAAUUAACAAAGUCAGACUUACGGUGAGUUUCCUGUACUUCAGCAAACUUCUUCCAAGCAGACUCUGUUAUUGAACAAUCUUCUGCCUAUACUUAAAGUUCAAGGCAGUGAGUAACCGACGUGAAAAACAUCUUAAGAGCUGCAAUUGUUGUUAAUGUGUGUACCAUACUCCUUUAAAUGUGCUUAGCAAAGAGGUUCUUUUGGUAUAAUUUGUCAGAUUUUUAUCCCAACACUACAGUGUUUUGUAUGACAGAAGUAUCAGCUAGUGAGAGUACACCACACAAUUAGUACCUUCUAAAUCAUGAAAACCUGGCUGGUUCUCAUCCUCCUGGAUGUCAAUCAUUUUGUUUGUGAAAAUGUUUUGUGAAUUUUGUUGGAAAAAGACAGUAAAGUAGAUGGCACAUAAGGUUUACAGCAUGCAGUAAUGUUUCCUGAUAUACUGUAAGUUUAAAAAAUGUAAUUUGAAUGAGAUCCUUAAAAAACUGUACUUUUUUACUUUCUUUUCUGUUUCAUGUGAUUCAUGUGGUUUUUUCUUUAACUUGAAGAAAAUGUUAGUAGCACAGUGCUUACUCUCUGGAGGAAACGUCUUUGUGACAAGUUCUUAAUUGUCUGAAAAAGGAUCUCAAAGGAAUGUCUUGUACGAAUUUUUUUUCCUCUUUAACUUAUGUUGCCUCCCACGUCAGAAAAAGUUAUAUUCAAUAACUCCUUAAUGGGGAAAGUAUGAUUUAUGUAAAUUUUACAAAUUUUAAAAUAAAACAAUGUUAAUUUACCUAUGUCCCAAAGGGAGAGAAGUUUCAUCUUUAGUGUUGUUUUUUAUUUAUAUUCUCAUUUAUGGUGGGAAUGAAUAAAUAGGUAUGUAAUACUUGACAAUGAUUUAAGUUUAAUAAUUAAAAAAUAAUGAUCACACAAGGCAUGCUUUGGUUUGAACUUCUAUCUUGUAUUUGGUGUUGUGCGGUCCAGAGAAGUCCCUCAUCAUGCAGGCUUGCCUUAUAGUUGUCCACCAGGAAAUAGUGUGGGAUACAUUGGCUCUAGUGAAUCAGCUUCGUGUUCAUUAGCUGGACUCACAAGUGAAUAAUUAUAAAGUUAAAGCCGCAAUGUGUAUGUAUAAUUUCUGUGUAUGUAUAAUUUAAUUAAUAAUCAGUGUUGAUAGUUUUCAUUAUUCUUUUAUAACUAAUAAGCAAAUGUAGUUUACUAUUUUGUUUAGCUUCAGAUCUGAAAGCCAACAUCUGUGGAGUAGCUCUUUAGCAUAAACUGUGAAGCAUGUAUUUAUAUAUAUUUAAUUGCAACUUCUUAAUAUACAACAGAUAGUUUCAAGUGAUUCCUCUUGGCAAACUGCAUAUAUCUUAAAACAAAUUUCUUAUACAUUUCUUCUCUUACCAGUGAACUUAAUUUUGAUUUAUGUAAAAGAUUGAGUCAUGUAAACAUAAUCUUGCUAAGGGAGUAUCUUCAUUACUUUCAGCUCUUAGAAGUUUAUUUUGGGGUGUUGCUUUUUCUUCACGGAACAAGGCUUUUUGAAAAUGUUUGGUUAAUUGCUGGUUGGGCUUUCUAGGAAAGAUGUUGUCCCUUUGUAUAAUGCUGUUAUUAUAUAUUAAGUUGUCUCAUUGGAUACUGCUGACUGUUAAAUUUAGUUUAAAACCUGCAAUUGCCCUAUGAUAUUUGGGGUAAAGUUGGAACUACAGUAAAGGGCUUGCUAUUUCUGGGUUUUCACCAGUACUUGUCUGAAUUCUUUGAAUUUGUAUUCUAUUAGGAUAUUUCCCUUGGACAUUUGUCUGUAAUCCGCUAUUUGGUUUGCUUUACUGAAUCAUGUGAGAAGGCCUCACUAUUAUAGACCUAAACAAACACGUCUGAAAGGUUUUCCUUCUCACUGUCACAGUAAAUAGAUUAUCUUACAGUAUUGUUGCUUUUAACCCCAAAAAUGUGUUCAGAAGUAACAUUUUUUUUUGUCUGUUAAUGUCUUGACUGUAAAAUAAAAUACUUGACCAGG